AUGUCAGAGGGAAAUACGGAUCGAUAUCAGACCGGCGAGGAGGGAAAUACGUGGCUGGCAUGACUACCCAUUAGCCAAUCAGAACGCUCGUACUGUCGUUGCCAUAUAAUAAUUCUUCUUUAUUUAUAAGGAAAAUUUAAGCUAGCUGUCUAAUCCUGCCAAGAGAAAACGCAGGUCGAGGACAGCAUAAUUAGUGUAAUGCUGCUUAUGCUUCAACUCUGUCAGAAAACAUUAUUAUUAUUUUUUUUAUGAUUAUUUUUUAAUUCAUAAAUAAUUUUGGCGAUGGGUGCCCUUUUUUUUGGUUUGGGCACCUGCCCCCCAAAAUGUCUGUGCACGUGCCUGCUGUAAUGUCAUCAUUUUGAUUAGCCUACUACAUAUUCUGGGUAGCGUUACUUAGUUUUGUUUAGUGCCAACGGUUGCAAAGGAAUAAAGUCAAACUUUAAACCCACAGAGCCAUAAAAGUCGGAUCAAAUUGUUGAAAAUGGUACGAAUACGUGGAGUUACUUGAAACCCGAGUAAUUUCUAUGAACCGGACGGUCAAGAAAUACAACUCUGUUCUAACCAAACACUGGAGUUCAAGUGCGUCAGAGGCGCCACUGGAGGUUGCCCCGAUGAAAAGAAGAAUAACACUGGCCAAUAAGCGUCUCUUGACCCGCCCCAGAGAGAAAAAGAUUUGAGAAAGCAAAAAAAAUGAGAUUGCCGUCUCACCGAUGGAUGAAAUACCGAUGGAUUCUACCGACGUUCAUCUUUGUAUGUCUCAGCCUCUCUGGAUACCUGCUCUUUCCGAGGCUAUCAUUACUGAACAGUGAUCAAACUAUUACUAAUGACGAGACAGGCACCAAAACUCAUAAGAUUUUAGUGUGGCACUGGCCAUUUGGGAACUCCUUUAAUCUAGAUGGUGACUUCUGCAAAGACAAGUUCAGGGUACCCAAUUGUAUCAUGAUGGAUAAUCAGUCCCGGUUGUCUGAGGCAGACAUUGUGAUUUUUCACAACCGUGAGCUGAUCCAAUACCAACAAAGGUUGCCUGUCAACCUGAAACGCCCAGAGAAGCAAAGGUGGGUCUGGUUGACCAUGGAGAGCCCAGAGAACAAUGGGGAUGUGAAGUCCUUUGCUGGGGACUUUAACUGGACCAUGACCUACCACCAAGAUGCAGACAUUUAUUCGCCCUAUGGAUUUAUGGUGCCAAAGGAAUCUGAAACUUAUGAGCCACUUGAGAGUUUCAUUCCAAAGGACAAGACUGAUUUGGCAUGUUGGGUGGUGAGCAACUAUUCACCACGCCAUAAGAGAAGUACUAUAUACGAAAAGCUGAAAACUGUGAUACCAAUCAAAGUGUAUGGUGGAGCAGUAAAUAAGCGCCUAGAUGAUCAGACUCUGUUACCUACAAUCUCUCGCUGCUACUUCUACCUGGCCUUUGAAAACUCUGUCUCCAGAGACUACAUUACAGAGAAGUUAUGGCGCAAUGCCUACAUGAGUGGAGCUGUGCCUGUAGUCUUUGGUCCUACUCGGGAGGAGUAUGAAGCAGUGGCACAAACAGAUUCCUUUAUCCAUGUAAAUGACUUCGAUACCGUAGAGGACCUUGGAGAAUUCCUUAAGACGCUGGCUGCGGACAGGGAACGCUAUGCCUCAUACUUCAAUUGGAGACGUAAAUACACUGUUGAGAUUAAACACUGGGUGGAGCUUGCAUGUAAAUUCUGCCCCAAGAUUAGUAGCAUGCCGCCACAUAAGGUGUAUGAGGACUUGGAUGCUUGGCAGUAGAAAUAUAUUCAUGAAGUUAAAGCUCAUUGUUACAGACAAAGGAAUGUCAGCCUCAAGAGAAGGGUAAACUUGUUAUGUAUUUGUC